AUGAAAGAAAGAAAAAGAGGGUGUUACUUGCCUCAAGAUUUUCAGUAUGAUAUAUUAACGAGGCUUCCGACAAAGUCUUUAGUGAGAUUUAAAAGCGUUUGCAGGCAGUGGUGCAAUCUGAUAUCUGACUCCAAUUUCUCCAAGCUCCACCUUCAAAAAUGUAUGUCAAAAGUCAUCAUUUUUUCCUGGCGAAGAGAAGCUUAUAGAUCUUAUGGUUAUUAUUGUUCAUAUAAAUUGGUCGAGAAAGGAGUGACAGCAACCAACUUAGGCCCUUUCCAGUUCCCAAUUAGCCCUAUGUUGUUUUCGGUGGCAUUUUGUGAUAAUUUAAUGCUAUUUGAUCAUGACUACUCUUCUCUGACAACCUGGUUUUCUGUUUAUGAUGCCAUCACUCAUCACCGGCGCGAGUUGCUUCCUCCCUUGCACAUUUGCCAGCAAAGUCUUGGCCGUUAUUUAGUGUUGGUCUAUGAUGCAUCAAGUCAAAAAUAUAAGGCGGUGGUGCUUUCGUUCUCUGGUGAACUUGCCCAUCUUGACCAUUGCUAUAUCUGUUCGUUGGGUUCGGAAAAUGAAGAAUCUUGGAGGCAGUCGACACCUCCAUUGUUGCAGAGCGUAAGGCACAAAUUUCUACCAAUUGUUGUGAAAGGAAUUUUAUAUUGGAUAGCAGAAAGACCUGAAAAAGGUUAUGAUGUGUUUGUACAACCAAUGAACGUUGCAACAGAAGAGUUCAUGGCAAGCAUUCCGGUUCCUUGCCCGCCGCAAGACAGUUUUCCGCCGUCAGGGAAUUACAAAAUGAAGUUUUUGGAGAUGAAAGAAUCACUUUGCUUGGCCAAUCCAACCUCUCCUGAUGAGUUAGACAUAUGGUUUCUGAAGCUUUCAGAUGAAAGUAUUUGGAUUAAGCUCCACAAAAUCUGUCUUGACUCCAUAGUAAAUAGACCAGCUGGUUUAACAAGUUUCUUUAGAGGUGUGUUCCUGCCAUGGCUAGUUACAGAGAGCUGCAACAACAAACUUGGGUAUAUGCUCGUACAACACACCGCCCAUUCUCUGUAUUGGUACAACUUGGAUACCAAAGAGGUGAAAUAUAUUGCCAUGGAUACCAACCAGAUGAACCAUGUUGCCCCCCUCGGUGAGUCGGCCGGCUAUCUAAUGCAGCUUUCAGUUAUCAAGGACUAG